CCAGAUCCAACCCUGCACUCAAAACGUACUGAGUUGUCGCAAAAGCACACAAGCUUCCCCAAGACCCAAACAUGGAACAGCACGCUAAAAUUGUCAUGGCUCCACGCAAGCCUGAUCCGGACGACAAAAGCACAUCCAUCUUCCUCGCGGGAAUAACAACAAGCACCGGCGAGCCUGACUGGCGAGAAACUCUGACAAAAGCCUUGAUGAAUCACCCAGUGACAAUUCUCAACCCAAACAGGCCGGACUGGGAUAGCACGUGGAAGGAGGAUUUCUCAGACAAGCGGUGGGAGGAGCAGGUUUGGUGGGAGCUUGAUAUGCAAGACGCCGCCGACAUGAUUGUUUUCUUUUUUCACCCUUCAACUGAGGCCCCAAUCAGUCUUAUGGAGCUUGGUUUGGCUGUCAAGGCAAAAUCAAAAAGGGUAAUCGUCUGUGUCCAGGAUGGCUACAGAAAGAAAGGGAAUGUUGAAGCGGUUUGCAAAAGAUUUGGGGUAACAUUGGUGAGCACAGGAAACGAACUUAGAGAUGCUAUCAUUGUGACACUGGAAGGUGGCCAGGAAUGAUUUCUCUAUGAUGUUGUGAUGCUUGUUGAGCUUGUUGAGCUUGUUGAGCUUGUUGAAUUAUAUUAACUCUUUCGUGUCUUGCAAGCUGACUUUGCCUGAUCAAUGAGAACGGCAAGCAACUUUGUACUGAUUUGUUUUAUAUUACCUAGCCAAACACAUAGUCUAGUCUGAAGCUUGACUAGUUUAUCUAAUAUGAACCCAAAUUUUGUUUA